UCACAACGAUUUUGAGAUUUUAUAGCAUUCGAUUCCAGCGUUUCUUGGAGACUGGUGACGUUAUUGUGUACCUGUGCAAUUGUGAGCCCGGUUGUCAUUUGUGUUAAUUUUUCAUUAAGAAUAUUCUUUAUUUUUAAGUUUGUCUAAAAAAUAUGGCCGGAUUCAGCGACGACCAGCUAACUGAGUUUCAAGAUGCCUUUUCAUUGUUUGAUAGUCGUGGGGAUGGAAAAAUCAGCAUUUCCCAGUUAGGAGAUGUCUUACGUGCUUUGGGACAGAAUCCUACAGAAGCGGAAGUAAAGAAGUGUUGUCAUCAGUUGAAGCCAGACGAGCGGAUUGGGUUUGAAGUUUUUCUUCCUAUUCUACAAACAAUUAGUAAAAACAGAAGUACAGAUACUGCUGAAGAUUUCAUUGAAGGGCUUCGUCACUUUGACAAAGAUGGCAACGGAUUCAUCAGCUCUGCCGAACUCCGUCACCUUCUCACUACUCUCGGUGAAAAGUUAAAUGAUGAUGAAGUGGAACAGCUACUUGCUGGGCAGGAGGAUUCACAAGGAAAUGUGAAUUAUGAAGAUUUUGUUCGUAUGGUAAUGAGUGGCUGAAGGAUUUUGUUCUUCGAAAGGAAAUUUGACUGUUCUGAAUUCCAUCAUUUACAUCUUAUUUUUUCUUUCCUCCAAAAAAAAAAAAAAGUAUUUGUUUUCCAACUCUUGUUUUCUAUUCUUGUAAAAAAUAUAUUUUAGAGAAAUUUUCUGUAAAUAAAUUUGACGA